GCUUAAGUAACUUUUUUCCUCCCUUUAUUUCUCUCUUUUCCUGCUCUCAAAACCCUAAUUCAGAUAAUCGUUUACGGUGAGUAGUCGACAACAGCAAGAAGAGAAAAAGAAAAGGUUGCUUUUCGUGUCUGGAAACUAUAAUAGAAAGCUGGUUUUCUUCUUUGAGUAAAAGAACAAGAGGGAAGAUCAAGUUCGAUAUCAGGGGAAAGGGGAAGCUUUAAGAAUAUAUGGCAACUUUCUCCAGCUCUUGUUUUAGAAUCUUUCAUCUCUUAUCUACUUUUUCCGUUUCUUCAUAAUUGGCUUUAACCCUUUUUUAUUUCUUGUUGCCUUUUUCAAAGAUACAAUAAUCGGAGUUUUUCGCCAUGGAUUCUGGUAACAGUAGUAGCAUGCAGUCUUCAAGCGGCGGUGGUGAUGACGAGUACGACUCAGUCUCGAGACCUGAGUCAGUCCCAGCUUUUUUGAACAGUUCAGACCAUUUUAAUCCCUUAUCAAAUCAACACCCUUCACUCGUCGUCCACCACCAAGAUCAGCCGUCCACUUUCUUUGAUCCUUAUGCAAAUUAUCUCAACAACUCUUUCUCUCUAUCUCCGCCGAACAACUCUCUGCUGAAUUUUGACGGUGUUAGACCUCGGAUGAGCCUAAGAACCGAACCCAACACCAUUGACCUCAGUAACCUAUCGAGCCAGUCUAUAUUAGGCUCACAUGGUCUUAAUCAAGGUCCAUUCCCGAGCUCAUCGUCGGUGCAACCGAGGUCAGAUCAUGAAAAUGGUGUAAGAAUUUCAACACAAUCUGAUCAAACCACAAGUGCUGUAAAGAACCCCAAGAAAAGGACAAGAGCAUCAAGGAGAGCACCGACUACAGUUCUCACCACCGACACAACGAAUUUUAGAGCAAUGGUGCAAGAAUUCACCGGCAUCCCAGCACCACCGUUUUCGGGUUCGUCGUAUUCUCGAAGACUCGACCUUUUCGUAUCUGGUUCAGCCUCACGGUCUAGUCAUUUGGAACCUUUAGGUUCUCUCUACCCUUUACGUCCCUCUGCCAAAAGGGUCCAGACGACUCCAUUCGCAUCCUCGUCUUCUUCAUUGUUAAACAAUCCCUUACUUGCUGCUGCCAAUACAAGCAACACCACCAUCGCCAAUGCAUUCAAUCCAAGUUCCAGUAACUAUCAAAUUCCUUCUGAUGUAGGCUUACUAAAGCAGCCUCAUAUGUCCAACAUGCAGAACCAGAGCCAAACUCUAUCGUUCCAGUCCUUCCUGGACGCGCCUCCUCCUUUACACCCAUCUCUCGGUUUGCCUGGUUUCGGUGUGAAGUCCCAGGGAACCUCGGUCAUGCCUUCCAUUGAUGACUUGGGGUUUCGCCAUGGUAAUGCAAGCCUUGGUGGCUUACAAACUCAUUUGACACCAGAACUGGAACGUUCAAGGAGAGAGCGCAACUGGAAUGAUAACGGUGUUGGAUUGAACGAUGGGGAUUAUGGUAGCAAUAAUUCACAAGGAGUUAACAGCUGCAAAUUGAACUACUCGGCUUCCUCGUCAGCUUUCCACCACCAUGAAAAGGGUCUGGAGAACGUUUCUUCAAGAGCAGAAGGUACAGUCGAUUCAUGGAUUUGUCCUGCAGACUAGAAAUUACCCAUCACCUACUAAACUUAGUUUGAAAAAAUACUG